AUGUCUGCGAAGGUGUUCUUGUCGGUCGGUGUGUUGCUUGGUCUGUCCGUAGCCUAUCUGCAGGCUGCACCACAAGCGGAGAAGUAUGAAGCCUAUGAGUACAAAUACGAGGUGAAGGAUGCCGAGAAGCAGCUGUUUUUCGAUAAAAACGAAGCCGGCGACACCGCGGGCAAGGUAACCGGUCGAUACUCCGUGUGGCUUCCUGAUGGUCGGCUGAUGACGAUCAAGUAUGUCGUUGACAAGGAGGGCGGCUUCCAGCCUGAGGUAGACUUCCAGGAUAACGCUAACCCGCUGUCCGGUUAGUGAUCGUUUCCCACCCACCUGUACAAGGAUCCCUCUCCUGAUGUACUAAAUAUGCAUUGCACGCACCUGCUCGAGUGCUCGCUCCAAAAUGGCGGAGCGUGCGUGAUUCUUGCUGCGUGACAGCGAGCUUGUCUAUCUUAAGCUGCAGUGAGUCGCUACUAGUGGAA